CCAUGUGUACCACGAAGUUUUCCUGAAGGCCAGCCACUUGCAUGGUCUGACACGGGUGCCUCCAUGCCCUAAUGGCAGAUCCGAGUGGUUGCAACAGACCCCGUGCAGACUACAAGCAGCUCCUGUUUUCCAAUGACCCAGGAGAGGGGGACCACUAGUUCCUGACCUUGUCACACAGAUGGGAACAGGUGCCAGCCAUGGGGAAAGAUACGACCGUGUCUACAUGUGAUUCCUCCUGCAUUAAACCAAAGCCACCUCUAGACUCAUGCCCCAGUGCCUCAGCCUCCAUGCAAAACCUAGGGAGCAGAGACCUACCCUGGGCCCAGGAGGAAGCUGGCUCCUCAGGGGACCAGCUGAGGACUGGAGUGUGAGCCACAGGCCUUUACUUCUUCAUUCCUACUCAUGCCCCACACCUAAUAAGGACCGCUUAAUUUAUUUCUAGAAGAAUAGCAUUGGGCCAGCCAUUGACACUUCCCCAAACUUGGACACUUUUUUUAGACUCUGUUGGGAGCCUGGAGGCCACUGGUUGGAGCUGGCAUAGAAGUGGCCAAAGGGCAGGGGCAAGAGCUGUUGGAUCCCAGGAUGGCAUCCAAUGGUACAGCCUCUUCCUUUGGCCUGGACUCUACUGCAUUCAAGGUCACCAUCAGCGUGAUCCUCACCAUCCUCAUUCUGAUCACUGUUGCGGGCAAUGUGAUCGUCUGCCUGGCCGUCAGCUUGAACCGCCGGCUCCGCAGUCUGACCAAUUGCUUCAUUGUGUCCUUGGCAGUCACUGACCUGCUCCUUGGCCUCUUGGUGCUGCCCUUCUCUGCCAUCUACCAGCUGUCCUACAAGUGGCACUUUGGCAAGGUCUUCUGUAACAUCUACACCAGCCUAGAUGUGAUGCUGUGCACGGCCUCCAUCCUCAACCUCUUCAUGAUCAGCUUGGAUCGCUACUGUGCUGUCACAGACCCUUUGCGGUACCCUGUGCUGGUCACCCCAGUUCGGGUGGCCAUCUCUCUGGUCUUCAUUUGGGUCAUUUCCAUCACUCUGUCCUUCCUUUCUAUUCACCUGGGUUGGAACAGCAGGAAUGAGACUGGCAAGGGUAAUGACACUUCGUCUAAGUGCAAAGUCCAGGUCAAUGAAGUGUACGGAUUGGUGGAUGGGCUGGUCACCUUCUACCUGCCUCUGCUGAUCAUGUGUAUCACCUACUACCGGAUCUUCAAGAUCGCCCGGGAGCAGGCCAAGAGGAUCAACCACGUCAGCUCCUGGAGGGUGGCCACCAUCAAAGAACACAAAGCCACCGUGACACUGGCCGCCGUUAUGGGCGCCUUCAUCUUCUGCUGGUUUCCCUAUUUUACUGUGUUUGUUUAUCGUGGCUUGAACGGAGACAGUGCUGUCAAUGAGGUGUUCGAAGCCAUUGUUCUGUGGCUGGGCUAUGCCAACUCAGCCCUAAACCCCAUCCUCUAUGCCGCCCUGAACAGAGACUUCCGCACUGCGUACCAGCAGCUCUUCUGUUGCAGGCUGGCCAGCCGCCAUUCCCACGAAACUUCCCUGAGGUCAAACAAGUCCCUGCUGUGCAGGAGCCAAAGCCGAGAACCCAGACGGCAGAAAGAGAAGGCCCUAACUCUCCAGGUGUGGAGUGGGAUGGAAAUCACGGUCCCCCAGGGAGCCACAGACAGGAAGCCGGGGCUGUCCUGCACCACGUGCUCCAGCAGCCUUCUGAGCUGUUGCAAGAGCCUGUGGGGGCUUCGGCUCCUCCAGAAACACUCGGAGGAGAAGCCGGGGGAACCACUGUCUGAGAACACAGAGAGGAUCCCAUCUCAGGAAGCAGUGAGGGUGCUGCCCUCUGAGGCUGUCUAGACCUGGCCCCAGGACACUGAAGACACCAUUCCUGGUCACCCAAAUUUCACCUCUGGAGCCCUUGGGACCCAGCACCCAACGCCAUUGAGGACAAAUCUUAGCCUGAGCCUGGGGACUUCCUGAAACACAGCAGGGUGCUGUGAUCCUUUGCCCCAGGUGGACCAGCCUAUUCUGAGCUCGGCAUUCCCAGACAGGAGCACAGCCUCCUGUAGGCUGAAUUCCAUGGGUUCAAAGGUCACAUUGGUGCUGGUCCAGGAGUCAUGAACAGAGGCAAGACAA